AUGAUGAAACGACAGAAAAAUUUCAACCCUUCAUUUAAGUAUGUGGACUCGGAACCGGUCUCUGGUAAUUAUUAUCCAGUUACUAAUAGGGCUUUUAUAAAGGAUGACAAACGACAACUGACUGUUUUGACUGAUCGAGCUGAAGGUGCAACAGUGCUUGACGGCGGAUUGGAAAUCAUGCUACAUCGACGUUGUUUCGCAGAUGAUCACUGGGGGGUCGAAGAGGCUCUUGACGAGCCUGGUUACGGCAGUGGUUUGGUAGCGCGUGGAACUCAUUACGUACUACUCGGAGAAACGAAGACAGCUGCUGCCAUUCAUCGACCGUUAGCAGUCGACAUCUUCCACAGUCCCCAAUUGACAUUUGCUCCUGUGAAAAACGCGAGUGACUACGCUCGACGCUAUCGUAUGAAAUUUUCCGCUCUGCGACGAUCACUUCCACCAUUCGUCCAUUUGAUGACGCUCGAACGAUGGCACCGUCGAAGCCUUUUGCUACGUCUCGAACAUAUUUUCCAAAAUCAAGAAGAUUUUGACAACAGCAAACCCAUGAGUGUCGUAUUGGAUGUGAGUUAG